UGUUAUACUCUCGGAUCGCUUGAAUGAAAGUUACAGAGGACUUUUCAUUCCGCCACGGCCGGAUAAAAGCAUAGUGGAGAGUCAGGUCAUGCAAAAGCAAGAUUUUGUGGAGCAGAGAACAUUGGCAUUGGAGAAGUACUUGAAGAAGCUCACGGAGCACCCAAUGAUUAAGAAAAGCGAUGAGUUGAGGGUGUUUUUGACGGUUCAGGGGAGGAUGCCACUGCCUCCGAGCAUUGAUGUGGCGUCAAGGAUGCUUGACGGAGCGACGAGGCUGCCUAAGCAGUUGCUGGGAGAGUCAAGGAGCAUGAUUGAGCCUCAGGAUGUGGUGCAGCCGGCCAAGGGUGGGAGAGAUUUGCUGAGGUUGUUCAAAGAGUUGAAGCAGUCAGCUGUGAAUGAUUGGGGCGGGUCAAAGCAACUUGUGGAGGAGGAGGAUAAGGAGUUCUUGGAGAAGAAGGAGAAAUUGCGUGGUCUCGAGGAGCAACUCACUGAUGCAUCCAAACAGGCUGAGACAUUGGUUAAAGCCCAGCAAGAUAUGGGGGAUAAAAUGGGAGCAUUAGGAUUAGCUUUCAUUAAGUUGACAAAGUUUGAGAAUGAACAGGCCGUAUUGAAUACUCAGAGACUGAGGGCUGCUGACAUGAAAAGUGUAGCAACUGCAUCUGUCAAAGCAUGCAGAUUGUAUCGAGAAUUAAAUGCGCAGACUGUGAAGCAUUUGGAUGCACUGCAUGAACACAUGGGGCUGAUGUUAGCUGUAAACCAUGCAUUCUCUGAUCGUUCAAGUGCUUUAUUAACAGUACAAACUCUUAUAUCAGAAUUGUCUUCUUUGCAUUCAAAAGCUGAAAAACUUGAAACGGCAUCAUCCAAAAAUUCUGGCGGUUACAAGUCAAGGAUUCACAAAUUGGAAGAGCUGAAGGAGACCAUUAGGGUCACAGAGGAUGCUAAAAGCUGCGCUGUCAAAGAAUAUGAAAGAAUCAAGGUAUUUAUUCCUACUAUGGUUUACUAAAACUAAUCUUCGAGU